GUACUUACACACAUUUGACCGGGCGCCAUAGUAGCGUCGAGCUUGGAGCUUUGGGGUAUUGCCUGAGAGCGCAGUGUACGCCUCCAUCUACCCCGUAAUAGUGUUGUCGGAUGAUCACGGCUCAGGAUAUUAUAGGAAUGGGCAAGAUUGUCUCCGAUACACCCAUUCGUGCGGCACGACGAUACUGCUUUGUAUGCUGGGCUCUCUGCGAGCUAUAAAGUGGGAAAUUCAGCCUGUAUGUUGUGGAAUUGGUCAUGUCGAAUCGGUUAUUUAAAAAUUCCCCAUUCAGACCACACCACCCGGAAAGCACAGCUACGUCUAUCUUGAGGUAUUUGGGUCGACUCAUGACUUUUUUUUUGUUUUGAAAAAAAUAAAUAAACAUUACCCCUUACUCUUGGUGGCAGCCACUGGUGCCAAGCUUUUACUCGUUCCGAAUAUUACACCUCGUCCCAAUACAUCAGGACAUUACUAUCUUCGUCCCAAGUAUCAGAUAUCUCUUGACACGGUUUUUGCUUGCAGGCCAUACACUCCGAGUUUGAAAAUGGCGGCUAAGCCGGAAAUUGCCUUCAUUGGCCUCGGCGCCAUGGGGUUCGGCAUGGCAACGCAUCUGGUAAAGCAGGGAUACCCAGUAACGGGAUUUGAUGUAUGGCCACCAACACUGGAGCGGUUUCGCGCUGCAGGAGGUAGUAUUGCUCCUACGCCGGCCGAGGCUGUCCGUGGCCGCGAUCACAUUGUGUGCAUGGUGGCUACGGCGGCGCAGGCGCAAUCAGUUUUUUUUGAAGGAGAGAACCCAGCGCUCAACGGUCUGUCUGAAGGUGCUUCACUGCUCCUCUGCUCGACCGUACCGUGCGCUUAUGUACAGAGCCUCGAAGCGCAACUGGUAGAGAAGGGACGUGGCGACGUGCUUCUCGUCGACUGUCCUGUGUCGGGUGGUGCAUCACGCGCUGCUGACGGUACGUUGUCGAUUAUGGCCGGCGGCUCAGACAACGCGCUCGAAAAGGGGCGCUUCCUCCUACAAGAGCUAUCCGAUUCAUCAAAGUUAUAUAUUGUGAACGGCGGGAUCGGUGCCGGCAGUAACAUGAAAAUGGUGCAUCAGGUACUAGCGGCCGUAAAAAUCCUAGCGGUCAGCGAGGGUAUGGGAUUUGCUCAGCAUCUAGGCUUAGACCUAGCAUAUACCUUGGAAGGCAUCCAGAACUCCGAUGCUUCCGCUUGGAUGUUCGGACACCGUGCUCCUAGAAUAUUAACCGAGUUCAAACCCAUUGCCAGCGCUAUCACUAUCAUACUAAAGGAUGCGGGCAUCAUCACAUCUGAGGCUUUGAGAGUCGGUUUCUCGGCGCCCAUGACUGGGACGGCCGAGCAAGUGUACCUUACCAGUCUUGGAAGGGGAUAUGGCGCAGACGAUGACAGCAGCUUAAUCAGGCUGUACACCGAAGGCCUGCAAAACAACAUAUCAUCGUCAACGGAAGAUGAUAACGCAAGGAAACUUGCCACGGUGCAGGGGUUGCUCAGAGGCAUAUAUCUCUGUGCGACAGCCGAGUCGCUGGCUUUUGCGAAAUUGUGUGGACUUGACUUGGACCAAGUUUAUGAUCUCUGCGUGAAUGCAGCAGGAGGAUCUAAAGUGUAUGAGGCUGUUGGCUCAGAAAUUAUAGGUCUAAUUCGCGGAGAACAGACCAGCAUUGGGCCUGAGAGCGAAAGCCUCCAAGACGUGGCGAAGCAAAUGAAAGAUGCUGUCGUAGAGGCACAACGUCUCAAGGUACCGCUGUAUUUAGGGACCGAGGCCAGCAAUUUGAUAUGUUUGGCUCUACAGCACGUACCCGACCAGACUCGGUCCUUGCCUAGGGCAACGAUUGCCAAAGUCUGGGCUGUAUAAAGGCCAAACUUGCUGUUCCAACAGAAUAGUAAUGUUGUUCAAUUGAGUAUGAAACCCGAAUUAGUAUAAAAGACAGAACAUGCCAAAUCGUUCCCACUUUCUUGCCCCUUGUCCGUUGUGUGGCAUCACACUGAACUUUGACAUACUUCAUUUCAUUGGGUUUUGU